AUGUCGGUGCAGAAUGAAUAUGAUUCAGUUGUAAAUCUGCUGUGUAAAUGGUGCAGCACGUUUGUCGGCAAGGGUAAGAAGUUCUGCAGCAUCUUCUGUGAGUCCCGCUACACCAGGAGCAAGCGCCGGAAGCUCGCAUUCAAACGGCCAGUGCAAUCAUCAGGUCCAGGUGAACGCGAAUACGAGUCCCCGAGAACAAACAAGACUGCGCCGCGCACACGGAAGGAGUUUCUGGAAGACGUCAUUACCGCCAUGGACGGCGACAAAUCUCCUUCAGACAAAGAUAAGAGGCUCGCGGACGGGAACACGAGCGGCACCUCGAACGACGCCGGAACUGGCCAGACCAGUCAAAAAUCGAACGACAAAAGUCCCAAAAGCGGCGGUUCAGUUCCUAAGUUAGAUCUCACCAGUCCGAAAGAAAACAAAGCGGAAGUAGAACGCAGCAAAAGUGGAACGCGCAAAACGGAUGUUGCGUCGAAGACCGUUAUGCGAUCUAACGAGAAAAGUAAAACUGAUAUUAAAACCAACCCUAAAGACAAGACUGGGCAUAAAACAAAAGCGUUGAACGGGAAUUUAACGGAAAAGUCUAAGACGCAAACGUUGUUAGUGCACGCAACGGAUUCAAAAAUCCCAGUCACAACGAAGGCCUCGUUCAAUAAGAGUGCGGACGACAUUAAAUCUCAACCGGACGAGAAACGAUUAAAUUCCGCUGACAAAAUGCGAAACGAUUUAAAAACCCGAAAACUAACGAACUUAAACGAUCGCCUUAAACUGGUCACCAGUACCAAGAGUGUUACCAAUCUGGACAUAAUCGAAGAGGCCUCAGAGAGGCAGAAAUCAAAAUUUGCACAAGAGUACGAGAAAAAAGUUCGCUCCUCGGGAUAUGGCAAUCCUGUGAAUCCCAAACUCCGGCCAAUGGCGCUGAAGCCACGCAGCGCAACCGUGGGAACAACGCCGAGAAAGGAAACGGCGGAAGAGCGUCAGAUCAGCGCGAGGUCGUCAAAGUCCUCCGCGGAGAAGGCGUUCGUAUCGUUAAAGAAAGAAGACGCGCGGCCGAUCAUAAGCGGACGCAAGGAGGCGAAAUGGGAACUGAUUGCCACUAACAACACAAACGGGACCACGGAGAAAGAGAGCGAAGGCACGACGAACGGGGACGCAAACACGUCGCUGGAAGACGAAGACCCGACAGUGAAAUCGUCACACCGCGCCGCUGACAUGUCGUACAGCAGUCGCACAGGUCUGACAAAAAUCUCGGAAAUCGUCCGCGAGGAAUCAUCUAGCAGCGACCUUCCGGGGCGUACGGAGCUGGAGAUUCGGCUGAGUUCCAUCAAGCGGAAGGUAGAGGUACGGAAACGCGGUCGUGACAGCCGUUCCUCGUUUGGAAGUGAUCUGGACACGUCCUUUCAAGACAGCAGUCUAGACAUCAGCACAGACCGGGACAUCGUAAAUCGUAACCGCACCGCGAGAAACUCGGCCCGUUCCAACAUAACAAAGAUAUCCAAACAGUUCCGAAACGAGAAAACCCCAGUACUCGGAUGAAAAGAAUUCGGGUUGAAGUUUAAUGCGGCGGCUGGCAUCUAGGAAAAUGCUGAAUUUUACGAUUUUUAUAUGUAUAUUAUAACAAGAUCCCAAUUAUAAGGCGCCAAGAAUCAUUUGGUUUUAAGUGGCUGGAUAUCCGUAUUACAAUAAUUUCAACUUCUUUUCUGCAAAUACCGAUGUAGAUGUAUAUAACCGGUAAAUUUGAAAGUGCAAAUUUGUUUUGUAAGAAAAUAAAAAAAAAUCAGUUCUUGAUCAUUUCCAAUUAAAAGAUGUUUUUAUACGUUAUUUACAUAAAAAGCCGUGCAAAAAAAAACUUUGUUUAAUUUGCGAUUUAACGUUUCGGCCACACGGAGCUAUUUUGUGAACGAAUAAUAAUAAUUAUAAACUGUGCAUAUUUAAAGUCAACAAAUGUGAAUAACGUAAUAACAGAGGGGGUAAUCACGUGACAAAUCACGUGACAAACGAAAUGCAUGCCGACGUCCAUGCCGAGACAGGUAUUUUUUCGCAGCGGGUAAAGUCGAUAUAUAGAGCGAAUAUCAUUACGAUAUAAUCGCUAAUCACUUUCUUGUCGAUAUGAUUGGAUAAUGAGCGUCAUUUUAACAAUUAGUAAAAGUAAUAAAACGGUAUAAAAUAGCGAAAAAUACCUGGCUCGGCUUGACUUCAAAAUCUUGUUUGUCACGCGAUUAUCCCCUCUGAAUAAGAAGAGACGCAACUGAAUAAUCUGUUUGCAUGAUUUUAUAUAUGUUAUGAUGGUGAUGCCAUGAAUGCAAGUAAUUGUUAUUUUUCAUCGAAUGUCUUCGCGAUCUAAAACACUGGUAAUACAGAUCUCAUUUUUUGUAACCUAUUUAUAAAAGUCUGGUAAAUACAGAUCUCAAUUUGUGUAACUUAUUUAUAAAUGUAUCCAUGCUGUAUGCUUGUGUCACUGAAGUUUUGAGACGGUGGUUUUAUUGUUAUGCUGGAAUGUUCGAAGUGAUUUUUGUUGAGUUACGACAAUACUAUGUUGUAUACUGACUCGAAAUGGUGCAAUACGGGGCUACGAAUGUGUUACGUUGUUUGAUGAAGUACGUAUAGACCCAUAGCUCGCUGUAUCGGUGUUGAAUCUUGAAUCUAAUAAAUAUAUUUGAAGAAA